AUGACACCUGAAGAAGUUGUUUUGCAACUCAAAAGAAACGGUACAUUUGACGAUUUGAGGAAGAGGCUACUGACAGAGUUUCAGAAUGGCGAAGAUGGCCAAAAAUUUUUAAGCAAGCUAAAAUUGUUCAUGGAAGACAUGGUGGCUCGUAAUCCUUCACUGGUUGAGAAGGACUCGUCGUUUUUUCAUGACCAAGUGUCUGCCGAAUUAGAAAAAGCUGGUGUCUACAGCGCUGUCAGACAGGACGUUUUAGCAACACUCAAAGAAGAUUAUUAUCAACAGCGAGUAGAAAAAGAGAUUCAAACUGUCAAUCAGAAGGAGGAAAACAACUAA